AUGGGUAUUCCUUGGACAAUUUAUCUGUACGGCAUCGCGCCGUGUACCGGCGGCCUCGCGUUUGGAUAUGACACCGGCUCCAUGAGCGGCAUUCUAGUCAUGCCCCAAUUCCUCACCUACAUGAACCACCCCAGCAACUUCCUUCAGGGCUGGAUCACCGGAUCCAUCCAAGCCGGCGCCUUUGCGGGUUCACUUCUAACAGGCGCAUUUCUCGCUGACAAACUCGGCCGGAAAAAGACUUUGUUGCUGGGAUCAGCAAUAUUCACGGUUGGAAUCGCCAUCUCGACUGUUGCGAAUAACGUCGCUGUCUUGAUUUCUGGGCGUGUCAUUAAUGGGAUCGGAAAUGGGUGUUUGGCGAUGAUGGUGCCGAAUUAUCAGAGUGAAAUUUCGCCGCGGGAGAUUCGAGGCCGCAUAAUCUCCAUCCAACAAUGUUUCAUCAACUUCGGCAUCCUAGCCGCCUUCUGGAUCCAGUACGGCACCAGCCACAUUGAUGGGGAAGCAGCAUGGCGCCUGGCCAUCGGCCUGCAAAUGAUUCCAACAACCAUACUACAUAUCACAAUGUACUUUCUGCCUGAAUCUCCAAGGUGGCUUGUGCAGCAAGAUAGAUACCAGGAGGCGCUUGAAGCACUUGCGCGGUUGCAUUCGAAGGGUGAUGUGCGUGAUGCCUAUGUAAGGGCGGAGUUGACGGAGAUUAUUACGAAGUUGAGGUGGGAGAAGAGUCAUCCGCCGACGUCGUAUGCUUCAAUGUUGUUUGGCGUGGAGGCGAGGAGGACAUGGUUGGCUAUUGGUGUGCAAUUCUGGCAACAAGUCACUGGCAUCAAUGUUAUCAUGUACUACGCAGUCUUCCUCUUCCAACAAGCCGGACUCGGCGAAAUCUAUGCAUCACUCCUCGCCAACGGCCUCGGGGGUGUCACCUUGAACAUCUUCACGCUACUAAACAUGUACUACAUAGACUCCUGGGGCCGUCGACGACCCAUGAUCCUCGGCGGCAUCGGAAUGGGUAUAUCCAUGAUGCUACUAGGAGUCAUCAUGAGAACCAAGGGCGACCCAAUCUACAACCCCCUAACAGAAAAGAUAAACUUCAGCUUCGCAAACCGCAAUGCAUCCAAUGCCGCUGUCGCGUUUGUGUACAUUUACGUGAUGACGUUUGCGUUAACCUGGGCUUGUGUUGCGUGGGUUUAUCCGUCGGAGUUGUUUAGUAUGAAUAUGCGUGGACGGGGGACGUCAUUUUCGUCGGCGACGAAUUGGUUUGUGAACUUUUGGUUUGUGCUGUAUAUUCCGACGGCCAUGAAUAAGAUUUCAUGGAAACUAUACCUUAUCUUCAUGGCCCUCUGUUUCCUAAUGGCCAUCGUCGUCUUCCUCUUCUACCCCGAAUCCGCCGGCAAAAGCUUAGAAGAAAUGGACCUCCUAUUCACUCCACACCGUACACCAUGGGUCUUUCAGGACCGAUCCGCGACUAAAAUUGGUACCAUCUUUGAACAUGACAUGGCUCAUGGUGUGGAGCUUACUGCCUUCGAUGAGUCAGGUAAUGUGGCGAAGGUGGGUGAUUUGGAGGUUCAGGAGCAUGCUAUGAAGUAUUGA